AUGGCGACCGAACUCACUGUCCAGUCGGAGCGCGCUUUCCAGAAGCAGCCUCACAUCUUCCUCAACCACAAGGUCGGUGGACCCCGCAAGAACACCCGCGCCAGGAGAUGGUACAAGGACGUUGGUCUGGGCUUCCGUACGCCCAAGACCGCCAUUGAGGGUACCUACAUCGACAAGAAGUGCCCAUUCACCGGCAUGGUCUCCAUCCGUGGCCGUAUCCUUACCGGAACUGUCAUGUCCACCAAGAUGCACCGCACCUUGAUUAUCCGCCGUGAAUACCUUCACUUCAUCCCCAAGUACUCCCGUUACGAGAAGCGCCACAAGAACCUCGCCGCACACGUCUCCCCCGCUUUCCGUGUCGAGCCCGGUGACCAGGUCGUCGUUGGCCAGUGCAGGCCCCUCUCCAAGACCGUCCGCUUCAACGUCCUCCGUGUCCUCCCCCGAAAGGGAAAGGCUGCUAAGCAGUUCAACAAGUUCUAA